UUAGUCAAAACCAACCGAUAAGUAUCAAUUGCUGUUUAACAAAUUACAUUGAAUUUUGUUCAAAAUGAUAAAAAUUAUUUUUAUAAUUGCGAUUUUAUUUCAUUCACCGAAUUGGGUUGAACCUCUUUCAAUUCCUAUUAUCACUAACCUUCAGGAUCUCAUAGGACUUGCUCACGAUAUUGGUGAUAUAGCAGCCGGAAAUAUUCCAUUCAAAAAUUUUUUUAAUCCAGCUGUAAAUCCAAUAAAUACAGUACUGGAUAAAAUAGAUGGUGUUGUUGAGCAGAUAGAGAAUCUGGACACUAAAUUGGAUGAUUUAUUAGCAACAGUUAUUGCCCGACUUCCAUUAGAAGACAAUAUCAACACUGAUAUACGUGAUCUCCAACAGCUCCUCACUAGAAUUGAUGAGACAUAUGACGACUUUCUAGCGUACUCUCAGAAUAUAUCGAUAUAUGACGAUGAUACACUUUUAGACUUUGUCCAUAUUGUCACUUCUGCUCGUGAUGGAAACAUUCCAAAUGUACUGAAAAAAAUUUUCACCAUUAUAGUGCCGAAAGAAACAGCACUAGCUCGGGUUGGCUUUUUGGGAAACAUGUUACAGAGAAGAACAAUGAUGUCUCCUCUAGAGAAGUGUGGCUCACCUAUUUCAUUCCAAAAUAGACUGUUACAAAUUUACAACUUAAUAUCAAUCACCGAAAUGAGAGCUUUUGUGAUGACUAUGUUUGGUUUUAGGUUGAAAAGGGAGUUAAAAAAUAGUAAAUCAAUUGGAGAAAUAGCACGUGCUAAGAGUCAAUUUGUUAUGAGAUUGGACCAAUAUCUGGUUGAAUUCAGAAAGGUUAUGCGAAAAGCUUCGAGAGAAAUUUACCUUUGUGAUCCUGAAUCACUUACUGAUCGAAGUAAUUACUUAGAGUUCGAAGGACUGUUCACAGCUUUUGUAAUAAAUGAAUAUCAAGUAGAUAAGAACUGCGCAACUACAUGUCCGACACUCUCGCCAGCAUCGUAUAAUCUUUGUUAUGAUUAUGCUAGUCACUAUUGCAUGAAGCAUCCUUGCCGUGGAAAAAUUCAUGAUUGUGGUUGGAUUGGUGGUCAAGUUGAUAUGUGCGAAUAUGUAAGAUCUUACGCUAAUGGAUGGUAUGGAAGUUACUCAACCUGUUCCAAUGGAACUUAUGAAGAGGUAAUUGGAGAAUUGCGUGAUAUAUAUCGAUGUGAUACGUGUAUAUGUAAAUGUGAAGAAAAUUUAAAAGACUCUAAAGCUAUAAGAACGUUUAGUUUACGAAAACAAAUUACCAACAUUGAUGAAAAUAAAGUUUUAUCAGACGUUAAGUUUGUCUUGAAAAACAAAAUGAUUCAUAUCCAAAUUGAAGAAGCACCACUGCUUCCAAUUGGUCAGUUAAACAAAAAUGAAUCAUCUUGGGUUCCUCUUGAGGACUUUGAAUAUUUUCCCGAGUUCGCGGAGGGCUUAUUUUUCCUCGUAAAAGAAAAUUGGGAUUACCAUCAUCUGUAUAUCGACGUCGAUUAUACGUUCAUUCAAGGAGAUCAUAAAACAUUGUAUCUUGAUGAAAUAUCAGCAGGGCCGAAUUUUGUCGUAACAGGAGUAAGGUUGAAUCAUGAAACAGUUACAUAUAGUGAUGAUGGAUCAUCAAGAAAUGUUAGUCCAAUUCAACUAGAAAUCCAUGUCACACCUUUUGAUUAUUUAACUGGUAAACUAACCCCUACUGACGACAAUCCAUCAAGAUGGAUUGAACCACUGACUCAGCCCAAAUUGCCACCAGCAUACGCUAAACCAAGGGAAGAACUAGGAGAUGGAGCAGAAAAAGUUUAUCUAGAUAACUCUGUACAAAAUCCUCCUCAUCUCCAACCCAAUAAGUACAUCAAAUUCAAGCAGUCAACGAUUUUUGAUGAUGCUGGUCAAAGUACACUUCCUUUCAUGGAUGCUAGAUCUAUAGCUCCUAGUAAUUUUUUAGCAUUUGACGGUCUUGGUCUCGCAUAUCGAGCUCAUGAUCAAUACGGAGGAUUCGUUAUUUUAAAAGGAAUGACCAUCGACGCAACAAAUUACAUGGAUGCAACAAUGUCUGCUGAACAGCAGAAAUAUUACACGAAAUAUUCCCGUCAAUCUGUGCGAAAUACACCGUCUAACGGAUAACGAAAAAAUCGAUGAAAACACUAGGUUUUAAUAUUAUUAAUGCAUUGAUAAUGAUGAUAAUUGAAAAUCUUUAAUUAAAUUGAAGA